AGGUCUUGCACUGCCAAUCUCUUCAGACCUCCAAAACUUUACGAUAUCUGGCUCAUUAUUAUAAUUAUUAUUAUUAUUAUUCAAUAUAUUGUUAACACAAAAAACUAGCGUAAGAAUGUCAAGAUCACAAGGUCAGGACUUGGCUUACCAGGCCGGCGAAAUCACCGGUCAAGCUCAGAUGAAGAAGGAUGAGUUUAUGAAUCAGUCAUCAAAUCCAUCUCAAUCUUCCCAAAACGCUUCUGACAUCAAGGAGCAAGCCACCCACUUCCUUCAACAGACCGGGGAGCAAAUGAAGAACAUGGCACAAGGAGCAGCUGAGGCAGUGAAGAACACACUGGGAAUGAACGCAGACAACAACCCCACCAGCCGUGGCAGCGGUGGCACUAACAAUCCAAGCCACCCAAGCAACCCAAGCACUAGGAUUUAAUCAUCAACUUGGUAGUACUGCUACUACUACGUACUCAGAUCAUGAUCAUGCAUAAUGAAUUAAUUAUGAUUUUAUAUGAACUUUAAUUUGUCAUAUCUUCUUUUCUUAGAGAGAUUUGAUUUUGUAAUAAAAGACAAGGCAACCCAAGUGUGUUGUAGUCAUUUUCCACGUGGCAAGGACUAAGGAUAUAUAUGUUGUGAUCUCAUCCAUAAAAUCAAUUCAAACAAGAGUGGGGUCACCCGCUGUCUUCUAAUA